UGUAAGACAGUCUUAGUACUAGUAAUAGUAUAUAACUAAUGAUACCCUUCUUUUUUCUCUGCUUUAUCUAUCUCAUACAUAAUUUUUGAUUAUUUCCUCAAAACUUGUAACUUAUAACAGUACUACAGAUAUUAUAUGGUCAUCACGGUGUGCGCGCAAUCACGUUUUAAAGUGUCCAAGAGUAAUUUGUGUCCAUCUUUAUGAUGCAGCUCAAACUCGUCAUCAAUGCGGCUAAUCCUCCGAUUGAAACUUUAGCAACGGUUGAACUUGUCAAGUCCAAACUUAAUUCCGAGUUCCAAAUCGUUUGGUCCAAUGAUUUCGGAAAGAAUCCAGCCAAGCUUCAACUAUUUGGCAGCAAUGGCAAGCUCCUGGGAGAUACAGGCAUCAGCGUUGCCAGAUAUUUGUCAAGAGCAAGAAAUGACGAUCUUUAUGGCAGCAGUGAUGCUUUUGUACGCUCAGAAGUGGAUCACUGGUUGACAUUUUCUGGGAAUCGUUUGAAAUCCAAGAACGAAGCAACAGAUGUAUUUAUUUAUUUGAAUCUUGUGUUAUCGACGAGAACGUGGUUGGUAGCAAAACACCUGACCAUCGCAGACAUUUGCCUGUUUUCGGAAUUAAUGUCAGAAGCCAAUAAUAUUGAUUCCCACAAAGAAAGGUAUCCAAAUUUGUACAGAUGGUACAAACAAGUUCAAGCAUUACCGGAAGUUGAAACCGCCUUGGAAAUUGCCUCAAAAAAUGGUAGCAAAGAGGCCAAAGGGAGCGCCGUUUCUCAUUCUAAAACUGUUGCUGCUCAAAAAACGGCCCAAAAAAAGGAGCAAGCCAAAUUUGUUGAUUUACCUGGUGCCCAAAAAGGAAAGGUUGUCGUGCGUUUUCCUCCCGAAGCUAGUGGUUACUUGCACAUUGGACAUGCCAAGGCCGCCCUAUUAAAUCAAUACUAUGCAGACCAUUUCGAGGGAAAACUCAUCAUGAGGUUUGACGAUACGAAUCCUGCCAAGGAAAACGUCGAGUUUGAAAAAGCUAUUCUAGAAGAUCUCAAAAUGCUACAGAUAAAGCCUGACCGCUUUACGCAUACAUCCGAUUAUUUUGACCUGAUGCUGGAUUAUUGCGAAAAGUUGAUAAGAAACGGGAAAGCCUUUGUCGACGAUACUCCAGCCGAACGGAUGAAAGAGCAAAGAGAUCAGAAUCUUCCAUCGGUCAACCGAGAUAAUACAAUUGAGGCAAAUUUGGAGCUCUGGCGUGAAAUGAUUAAAGGCUCGACGAGGGGUCAAAAGUGCUGUGUCAGGGCUAAAAUCAAUUACCAGUCGUCAAACGGCUGUCUGCGCGAUCCCACGAUUUACAGAUGCAAGCCAGAAUCUCAUCCAAAGACGGGAACAAAGUACAAGGUUUAUCCGACUUACGACUUUGCCUGUCCGAUCGUCGACGCGAUCGAGGGUGUCACGCAUACCUUACGGACGACCGAGUAUCAUGACAGAGAUGAGCAAUUUUAUUGGUUCGUGGACGCUCUUGGGCUGCAUCGUCCCUAUAUUUAUGAAUACUCCCGGCUCAAUAUGACCAACACUGUGCUCUCGAAGCGAAAGCUGACCUGGUUCGUUGCCGAGGGAUUGGUCGACGGCUGGGAUGAUCCACGUUUCCCGACCGUGCGAGGAAUCUUGCGCAGGGGAAUGACCGUCGAGGGUCUAAAGCAGUUUAUCAUUGCCCAGGGCAGUUCGCGAUCCGUCGUCUUUAUGGAGUGGGAUAAAAUAUGGUCUUUUAACAAAAAGGUCAUUGAUCCCGUGGCCGUUAGGUACACAGCCCUCACCGUUGGUGAUACGGUGCCCGUCCACGUCAAGGGAGCCGUUGAGGGAUUUCUCACGGUUCCUAAUCACCCAAAGGAUCCGUCCAUCGGUACGAAGCAGGUGCGCGUGUCCCCAAACAUACUCAUCGAGGAGGAGGACGCUCAAGCUUUGAAACAAGGUCAAAACGCAACUUUCAUUAAUUGGGGCAAUCUCAUGAUAGAAAAUAUCGAAAAGAAUGCAAACGGCAAAAUCAUCAAAGUGGAUGCGUCUUUGAAUCUUGACAACAAAGAUUUUAAAAAUACUUUGAAGCUGACUUGGAUAGCUGCUGACAAAUCCGAGACGUCCAAGAGUGCGAUUCCGUGCUACGCCGUUUACUUUGAUCACAUUAUUACCAAGCCCGUUUUAGCCAAGGAUGACGAUUUCAAGGACUUUGUCGCCAAAGACACGAGGAGAGAAAUCGAAAUGUUUGGAGAAACUGAGCUACAAAGAGUCAAACACGGAGAGAUCAUUCAACUGCAGAGAAAAGGCUUUUUCCGCUGCGACCUUCCUUACGCAGAGGCCACGGCUCACUCUUCGCGCGAGCAACCUUUAAUUCUAUUUCAUAUACCUGAUGGUCACAGUACCAUCGCUUUGCCUGGUGCUGCGGACAAAUCAACCGUCUCAAAGGUCACCAAAACGGACGCUUCAGCUAUUGAAUUAAACGAAAAAAUAAUAGCUCAAGGGAACAAAAUUCGAGAUUUGAAAAGUGCCAAAGCUGACAAAGCUAUAAUUUCUGCCGAUGUGGAAAAACUCUUGAAUCUUAAAGCUAAUUAUAAAUCAAUCACGGGUCAAGACUGGAAACCUAGUAAUGAUCCGCCUGCUGUAAAGACUACGUCAGCUCACCAUAAAAAUGAAGAUGAAGUCGACAAGUUGAGCAAAGCUAUAACUGCCCAAGGCAAUAUAGUUAGAAAAUUAAAAUUGGAUAAAGUGGAUAAAGCUGAAAUUGAUGCUGCAGUAAAGAUACUUGUCGAUUUAAAAGCAAAGUGGAAAAGUCUCACUGACCAAGAGUGGAAGCCCGACUGCAAAUCGCCAGCUUUGGCUCCGAAAAAAGUUUCAAACGAAAAAGCUCCGGAAGCAAACUCUGUGAUUUCAAAAAAUAAAAAAAUGGUAGACGACAGUAAUGCCAUUUCCUUGUCGCAAGAGAUAAAAAAGCAAAAUGAUGUUAUAGUUAAUUUAAAAUACUCAAAACCCGAUGCAGUGACCGUAACCAAACAAGUUGCGAUUCUAAUGAAUUUAAAAAAUGAUUAUAAAAAGUUGACUGGAAAAGAUUGGGUGCCCUUGGACGUGUCGGGCAAUAAAAAAGAGUCUAGUGGCGAUAAUUCGAAUUUGGAGCAGCAUAUAAGUGAUCAAGGUUGCAUGGUUCGAGAACUCAAAGCCAAAAAAGCCGAGAAAUCGGUUAUCGAUCGUGAGAUCGAGAUCCUUAAAGCUUUAAAGCUCAAGUACAAAGAAACAUUUGGCAAAGACUACGUGCCAGUGGGUGGUGGUGGUCAGGCAUCGCGCGAGAUUAAGGCAAAGAGUCAGAAACUGUCCCAAGUUGCCAAGCCAUCUCUGGGAAACGGUGCAAAGAAGCACGAGAACCACAAGGAAGACGAAUCGAGCAGCAAGACCGGAACGAGACUAGGCCUCGAGGCUAAAAAAAGCGAAAAUCUCUCAGAUUGGUACUCUCAAGUCAUUACAAAGGGGGAAAUGAUAGAGUACUACGACGUCUCGGGUUGUUACAUACUACGUCCCUGGAGUUUUACCAUUUGGGACUCUAUCAAAGAUUUUUUCGAUCGGGAAAUAAAAAAGCUUGGUGUUCAAAACUGUUAUUUUCCGAUUUUCGUGAGCAAGGCAGCUCUCGAAAAAGAAAAAACCCACAUUGCUGACUUUGCGCCCGAAGUUGCUUGGGUGACCAAGAGCGGUGAAUCGGAUCUAGCUGAGCACAUUGCCAUUCGCCCCACCUCCGAAACUGUCAUGUAUCCGGCUUAUGCAAAGUGGCUCAAGUCGUAUCGCGACCUCCCACUGAAACUCAACCAGUGGAACAAUGUAGUGAGAUGGGAGUUUAAACAUCCUCAACCGUUUCUGCGCACCCGCGAGUUUCUCUGGCAGGAGGGUCAUUCGGCUUUUGUCACCAAGGCCGAAGCUGAUGAAGAAGUGUUGCAAAUUUUAGAUUUGUACACACAGAUUUAUGAAGAUUUUUUAGCUGUACCGGUUGUUAAAGGCCGAAAAACAGAGAAGGAAAAGUUUGCCGGUGGUGAUUACACCUUGACCGUGGAGGCUUAUAUUUCGGCGAGUGGUCGUGCGAUUCAAGGUGCUACUAGUCAUCACUUGGGUCAAAAUUUUUCCAAAAUGUUUGACAUUCAAAUCGAAGGUGCCCACGAAGGUGGUGACAAGACUUUUGUUUAUCAAAAUUCUUGGGGCAUCACGACGCGAACCAUCGGUGUCAUGAUAAUGGUUCACGGUGACGACAAGGGUCUCGUUAUACCUCCAAGAGUUGCCUCGAUACAAGCCAUCAUAGUUCCCUGCGGAAUCACGGCAUCGACAUCCCAAGAACAAAAGGACACGUUAAUGAGCGAGUGCAACCACUUGGAAAAAGAGCUCAUUAAAAGGGGAGAGCUCAGAAUCAAGGGAGAUUACAGAGAUAAUUAUAGCCCAGGGUGGAAGUUUAAUCACUGGGAGUUAAAAGGCGUCCCCGUAAGAAUCGAAUUGGGUCCAAAAGACUUGGAAAAAAGUCAAGUUACUUUUGUAAGAAGAGAUACUUUGGAAAGAACGGUAGCCAGCAGAGCGGAAGCUUAUAGUUUUCUCGUUAAAUUAUUAAAUCAAAUCCAAGCCAGUUUAUUGGAAAAAGCAAGAAACCAACUGAUGCAGCACAUUAAGCAAACUCACAGCUGGAAUGAAUUUUGCAAGUAUCUUGAUGAAAAAAAUCUUAUUCUUGCACCAUUCUGCGAGAGGAUUGAAUGCGAGGACAAAAUCAAGGCUGACAGCGUUAGAGAUGAUGGCGGUGAUGAGCCAGGAGCACCGUCGAUGGGAGCCAAAAGUUUAUGUAUUCCAACAAAUCAGCCUGAUGGCAGCAUCGAAGAAAUUAAAAAACUCGAUUGUAUACAUCACAGUUGUCAAGCAAAGCCCAAGUCUUAUACAUUGUUUGGUCGCAGUUAUUAAAUAAUUUUGCAAGUUUUAAUAAUUGUCAUUCAUACAUAC